UAGGGGGAGCCCGAAAGCGGGGGGCUGACGAGGACCUCCCUCAGAUUCCGAGAGGGGUGAGGGGCUUCGCUGGGCAGGAGGGUUGGGGGGUACUGGUGGGGUGGGGGAGGCAGCCCCAACCGUGGGGGGUGGAAAGGUGCUCCCACCCUGCAUUGGGGGCAGCGGAGGGCAUGACCUGAGAGGAGUGGGCUAGCCUGUGUAAAGGCGUUCUGCCCCCCCCCCCGGGCCGUGACGUGGGGUGGGGGAGAAGGGCCCUUCGGCCCAGGAUGAGCUCUUCGAGGGACGCCGACAGCAAGUUCCCUUUGCACGGCUUAGUCUGGAAUAAUGACUUCCAGAAGCUGGAAGAAGCAUUAAAGAACAAGCAGGAUGUGGACCAGCGGGAUCCCCGUGGCCGGACCGCAUUGCAUCUUGCUGUUUCUUUGGGAUACAUCGAGUCUGUCAGAGUCCUCCUGCAGCAUAAAGCAGAUGUCACCAAAGAAAAUGCACAGGGAUGGACAGUCUUGCAUGAAGCUGUCAGCACAGGGGAUCCUGAGAUGGUCCACAUGAUCCUUCAACAUAGGGAUUACCACCAGACUUCCACCACUCUUGGUGGAGUCCCAGAAUUGCUCCAAAAAUUCAACGAGACACCAGAUUUUUAUGUGGAAAUGAAAUGGGAAUUCACCAGUUGGGUUCCGCUGGUUUCCAGAGUUUGCCCCAGCGAUGUUUGCCGCAUCUGGAAGAGCGGUGCAAAGCUGCGAGUUGACAUCACACUGCUGGGAUUUGAGAACAUGAGCUGGGAACGAGGGAAGCGCAGUCUGAUCUUCAGGGGGGAAGAAGAUACUGGGAACUGGGCAGAGCUGAUUGAGGUGAACCACGAUGAGAAGGUGGUUGCCACGGAGCGCUUUGAGAUCACCCAGCAAAUCAAGCGCCUGACCUUGGACUCCGUGACCCCGAAGACCAAGGAGGUGGAGAGGCGGCUCACCUCUCCCAUCAUCAGCACUUGCCUGGACACGAGGAACAUUGCCUUUGAAAGAAAUACAUCUGGCUUCUGGGUCUGGAAAACUGAGAAGAGCGAAUUGGUGAGCGAUUAUGAUGCAAAGGUCUAUACGGCCAACAAUGUGAAUAUUGUGACCAAGAUCAGAACAGAGCACUUGACAGAAGAAGAGAAGAGGAGAUACAAAGCUGACAGAAACCCCUUUGAAUCCUUUUUGGGAACCAUUGAGCAUGAGUACGGGGCACAACAGGACCUCACAACAGAAUACGCCACAACCAACAACCCUACAGCCAUCACUCCUGAGGAAUAUUUCAACCCUCAGUUUGACCUGAAAGACAGAGACAUCGGGAGACCCAAAGAAGUGACCAUCCGGACUCAGAAGUUUAAAGCCAACUUGUGGAUGUCUGAACAGUUUCCCCUCUCCCUUGUGGAGCAGGUCACCCCCAUUGUGGACCUGAUGGCCAGAACAAGUGCACAUUUUGCUCGACUCAAAGACUUCAUCACUUUGGACUUUCCUCCUGGAUUUCCAGUUAAAAUCGAGAUCCCAUUGUUCCACAUCCUGAAUGCUCGCAUUACUUUUGGGAAUGUGAACGGCUGCAGUACAGCAGAAGAGGCGUCUCCCCAGGCUUCAGAGGGGGCACAGCAGCCGUCUGCCUCCACCUUUGUGGUCGACCAGUCCGUCUUUGAGAUCCCUAAAUCCUACCACAUUCAGGAUGAUGGCAGGAAUGUCCGGGUGCAGGACGAAGACAACGAGAUCAUGCAGUUUGCUAUCCAGCAGAGCCUGAUGGAGUCUGGCCAGAACAGAGAGACUUUGGAACCGGACUUGAAUGGGGUUGUCUCUUACUCACAGGACCUCAACCUUCAGUAUCAAAGGGCUUUGCAGAAAAGCUUUUUGGCUAACGGCAAGGCUGCAGCCCCUCUGCAGGAAUCUUCCAGUUUCGAUCGGGACCUGCGCCUGGCCAUGGAGCUUUCCGUUCGUGAGCAGCAGGACCUGGAGCGGCGUUGGGAGGAGGAGGAGGAGGCAGAGCUGCAGCGAGCUCUCCAGCGCUCCCUCCUUGACAAAUAGGCAGGCAGGCAGGCAGGCGGCAGCUCCUGCAACCCUCUCUCUCUCUCAAAGCAAAAGGAAUCCUAAUCCUUUCUCAUUGCUGAGAAGCACACAGGUUCAGCUGCCCAGGGCUGGCUGCACCUUGCGCCAGGCUACAAAUGUCCUUUGUGGGGACAAUUUGCGGCAGAUCUACAGGAGCCAUCCCCACCUCUCAAGCUUCAUUCUCCUUUUGUGUGCUCUGAACUUUGGACUUAAAAGACGAACUCCUUGGGCUGCCUUCAACUUUUUUCUGGCCUGUGUCCAGCACUGCAGGGAACUUGCCCUGUUUGAGGAAGGUCUGUGUGAGCAUCAUCUCAUUGCCGGUCAAAGAUGCAGCAAGUUCUUCAGGUUGUCUUUGAAUCCAGCGAACAGCAGCCACUGUCUGUUAGGGACAGUGCCAUGAGCAUCCUUACCUUAACCUAGCCCCCUCCAGGUGUGGGGAAGGAUGCUCUAGGCAGAAGGCUCCAUUUCCUUUCACCCUUUAACGCUAUCUCAACCCCAGCUGUUUCCUUCUCCAGUGGGGACAAGACCUCCUGUCCCACACAGGUGCUUUAUAAGGGUCUUUGUGUGUAUAGGAGUGCUUGGGGGUUUUUUAAAAAAAGGAAAAAAAGGAAUUGAGGGAAACUUGGCUCAGGACCCAAUUCCCUAUAGUAAAAGGGAGAAAGGGACUGCUGUAAAGCAGGUUCUCUUGACCAAAAGGGAAAGUCGUGUUGCCUCCUUAUUUGUUGUUUAGUCGUUUAGUCGUGUCUGACUCUUCAUGACCCUAUGGACCAACCAGAGCACGCCAGGCACUCCUGUCUUGCACUGCCUCCCGCAGUUUGGUCAAACUCAUGUUCAUAGCUUCGAGAACACUGUCCAACCAUCUUGUCCUCUGUCGUCCCCUUCUCCUAGUGCCCUCCAUCUUUCCCAACAUCAGGGUCUUUUCCAAUGAUUCUUCUCUUCUCAUGAGGUGGCCAAAGUAUUGGAGCCUCAGCCUCCUUAUAGUGCAUAUUAUCUCCCUUUCUUCUAGAAAGUGCAUUUUUGUCUGUUUUAAGAUUAGUACAGUUCUUAAAGCAGGUGUCAUGGGGAAUAGGAGCAGCAUAGGAGUAAAUUUUGCCUGCGCUUCUGUUGCCUGCAGACCCUGUGGCCUUGGCUAGCAAUAAGCACAGGGGCUGGGGCUGAGGGGGUCAGUGUGAGGCAGCAGUGCUACCACCUCCUCCUCUCCAGAGGCACAGAGGGGCUGGGUAGCAAGUGAAGAGGUGAGCUGACUCCGCCUCCUUCAAACUUUGUUUCAGAAACUGGCAGGAGGGAAGCAAAUGUGAAGCCACCCCACAGGAAAUCCCUUGGAGCAGCAGCCUUUGCCAAGGCAGUGCCUUCCAACUAUUUGGCAGUACAACUCCGGGGGGGGGGGGUAGGGGGGCUAGCCAGCAGAGCUGUGGGAUGCUUUGGAUAAUGGGAGGGGUCAUCCAAAACAUUUGGAGGGCACAGGCUGGGGAAGGCUGCCUUGUGUUGGUUGGCAGACACAUCCCUGGGCUUUCAGGUGCCUCAGACCAGCUGCAGGGCUAAUCUUUGCUCAGCUUCCGGGGGGGGCAGCCCCUCCAAAUGUACCAGUUGCAAGUUUUGCCUGACUUUAUUUAAUCGUCACUCUUAACUGAAUCUGUCUCAAGGCCCUGAAGGGAAGGGAAUCUCUCUAAACCAUUCCAGGGGAAAGGUAGUUGCAAUUUCUGGGUGUGCUAUGCAGGGCGAGCUUGGGGGGGGGGGGGGGUUGGACAACUCUGGGAUUGACGACUUAACCAGGCCAGAAGUAUGCAGCUAAGUUUCACAUGAAAAUAAAAGGAAUCCUUUUGAAGAGGGCCUUGUUGGGUAUUGUGGAUUCUUUCAGUGCUUGCAAGGAGGUACAGUAACUGGGAAUCAGCUCUCUUGCUACAAGGAACCCUUUUCUUGUUUUUGCUCUGGGACAUUUGUGGCAAGCGGACUGUCCUUUCUGUAUCAGUGUGCCAGUGGCCCAUGACCAAGAUGUAAAUUAUCUCCUUGAAAGAGCCUUCUUGCAGCUCUCAGAAAGCUAGCUUCCUGUUGUCAAGCUGUUAGCUUUGGUGGACAAAGUAAAAAAACACCAAUUGGUAGGAAUAAUUCAGAUCUUGCCCUUUUAUAGAGCUUCAAAGGCAGGAGACUGCAAUACAUGAGAGGCUUCCUAGAAAAAGAUGGUCUUUAUUUAAACCUUUGUUCAUAUACAGUAUUGGUUCUUAAUUCCACUGCAGGCUUAAAAGCAACUUAUUUUGCUCAGCAGAUACCUGUAAGUAUAGCAGACCUCCCCCUUUAGUUUUCUUGUCUAUCCAGAAGUUUAAACCAAAAUUGAUGCUCCUAAUUCCUUAUUUGAUCCUUGCAUCUUCUUGCAACCCCAAAGGAAGGGGCACAAGACACCCUUCAGUCACUCUGUGCUUAUCACAGAUAAAAGUCUGCAGGAAUAAGCCUGACAUUUGAGUAGCUUCACACUGCUAAACCUACGAUGUCAGCUGGCCCUCUAGAACAGACACACCUUAAGCCAUGUAGACAUUCUGUGACAUUUAGCAAGUCAGUGGAUCCUUCGCUCUUUUGAUGCAGUGUGGCACUUAGUUGUGUACAGAGAGACAGAGCGCUUUCACAUUCAGCACUUUGUUUGCAUGUGCUUGUAAAAUAAUACAUUAACAAGCCCUUGCAAAGCAGCUUUCAUAAAGAAAUGUCUUGAGCAGGCUGCUUUAAUACAGCAUCAUCUGAAUAGCAUCUUAUUUGCUACAUAAUAUGUUCCAUUUUGGGGAUCAUGCAGGCAUGCUUGAAAAUAUUUGGGCAAUAUCAUGGCUGACAGAACCUCAUUAUCUCUCAGCCAUGAUCCUGUGCUGCCCAAAUAAUAGAAACAGCAAUGACUGCCUUGAAAGACUGUUGUAAGGAUAGAUGGAGGGGUUGCAAAAGGCCACACCCUUUAUGUUACAAUCAGUCUAGAAAAU